AUGUCAACUCCACCACCUCCAUCAUACUCUUCACCUAUUCUACCUCCUUCUUCAUCCCCAUCAACCAACAACAACCUUCAUAAACAAUAUCCUCAACCUCCCAAUUCGACAAUAAUCAAUAUUGAUUCACCAAGCUCAUCGGCAAUACCAAACCAUAUGAAAUCAUUACCAUUAUCGCGAACAAAUAGCAACACAUCGUCAUUAGCAGAGGAAGAUGAAACUACGGGAUUAUUGAGUAAUGCGAAAAAACCAAAAUGGUAUAAAGGUCCAUAUUUCAUAACUGCCAUCAAGUUCUCUGUGUUAUUCACGAUUUUCACCAUUAUAGUCGUGAUUACUUUUUACUUCGGGAUGCCGAAAUUGGAUAAAGAAGAUAGAGGGCUGGUUAAGUUGCCUAGAAGUUUUAAGGAUCUACAGGAUUUAAACACCUUAUUCCAGAAAUACAAGAAACUCUACCCUCUCCGGAUAUUGGCUUGCGCAGUGGUCACCUACCUGUUCGUUCAGACUUUCACCUUACCUGGCUCAAUGUAUAUCUCGAUCUUGUUCGGAGCAGCUUAUGGGAUAAUGUAUGGCCUGUUAUUGAGUUGUCUGUGCGACGCCUUCGGCUCACUUUUAUGCUACACCCUCUCCUCUCUCCUCGCCCCUCCCCUCUUGACUAUGCCGUUCUACAGAGCAAGAGUCGAAACAUGGCGAACAAAAAUAAUGGGUGAUCCAAAAAAAGGUAAAAAAGUAACUUGGGAUAGUAUAUUCGCUUUCCUACUCGUACUUCGUAUUGCACCCUUCCCGCCUCACUGGGUAGCGAAUUUCGUCGCGCCGCACUUGGGUAUUGGCAUGUUCAUGUUUUGGUCGAGCUGUUUCAUCGGAAUCGCCCCCGUCUCUGUAAUUCAUGUAACGAUCGGUUCAUCCCUAGACUCCAUGACCUCAGCAGCAGAUUUCCAUAUCCUCUCUCUUCGUAAUAUCCUGGGUCUCCUCGCGGUGGUCGUAGCUGUCUUGAUUCCUGUGGGAUUGAAAAGAGUAUUUAAGAAAGAUUUGGGAGAUCUGGGAGAAGCAGAAGAGAUAUUCAACGACACUGACAGAAGAAACGAUAGGGAUAUCCAAGUUCCUCCUAUUGAGGGGUCAGAAAUUGGUGGAAGGAGGUAUCACGCGAUUGAUUCGGGUGUUGUGCUCUCGUUACCAUCUACAGGAGAGAACGGUGAGAAUAUGGGUAAUAAGUUGAUCAAGAAGGGUAAAGGAAGAGCUUUGGAAAUUAUCCAUGAUGAAGAUGAAGAAGAGGAAGAAGAUGGGUUCUAUGAUGAAGAUGGGGAAGAUGAGUGGGAAAGGUAUGAAGGUGAAACUGCUGCUGAAGCCAGUACUUCCAAUUCCAAUAUAACGAGUGGUCAAGCCUCGCCAAAUUCAGACUCGAACACGACUCCGACUCCGGAUGUCAAUGUGGUUGGAGAGAAUGGUCCAGAUGCGCAACCUCAACCUCAACCUCAAUAUCAAUAUGAAGUGUAUGACCCUUCUGGUCAAAUUGAUUCUGUACGAUUCAAUCCUACAAGAACGAGAUCACGAUCGAACUCGAAGUUAAGUCAGAAUGGUGGGACUGGGGUCGCAACUAGACCUAAGGGCUAUAGUAGAUCAAACACCAACACUUCGAAUAGAUUUAGGAAUUAUGGUGCGGUCCAAGAAGAAUAA